AUGCUCGCAGAGUCCAAUGGCAGUCCAUAUGCCGGUGGAGAUACACCCAAACUCCGAACUGCGUGUGAAAAUUGCAGACAGUCCAAGGUGAAAUGUAACCUGUCUGGCAAAAGUGUCUGUACUCGUUGCCUGCGUCACGGUUUACAGUGUCAAUACGGAUACGCAAAUCGAUCUGGCAAACCAAAGGGAAGCAAGAACCGAGCUACCCUUCGCAAACUAGGUCAACUGCAAGAAGAAAAGCCAGCAAUGCGUGGGUUUCGCAAUAGCCGGCUUGUUGCUCCUGUGGCCGAUAUGGAACCACUUGGAAAUAGCUAUGCAGGUCAUAUUCCUGACCCAACACUCGACGAAGAUGUUUGUUUGAUAUCAAAUCAACCUGGCUUCUGGGAAAGUCCCCGGAGUUUUGCCCAUACGGCAACCCUAGAAUCCUCCGUCUGCCCGGGGCAAUUGACAACGGUUGAAAGCUCACCAUUCACCGACCUCGUGGAUUCAUGCUCUUCUAUCCCAGCUGGUAUGGGAUAUCCACACACGCCGGUGACACCAACAUUUCUGUCAGGGGAAUCACUGCCUGACGGGUUAGCUAGUCCUUCACUGGCAGGCUCUGUGGCAUCACCCUAUCCCCUCUCACCAUGUGAGUGUUUGGACAUGCAGCUGUUUCAUAUGAACCGCUUGAAUCAUUUGCUUGCUGGAUCAAUGCCGCUGCGGCUUGACCAUAGCCUGCAGUCAAUCAAAUGCACAUUUCUUGCCUGUCAAAUGUUCUUACAGUGUAAUAAAUGUGCCAAGGACAGUCCUAACUUGCUUCUGACCAUCUCGGUGCUUAAUCUCACCCUUCAAUUAUUUGAGUACUGGGUUUCUCGGGAGGCAUCUCGCGCACCACGACCAGAGCAUGGGGUCGACAUCCGCUAUGGAUACUAUGAGAUCUGCCACGAAGAAAACAGACAAAUUCGCAAUUUCUUACUUCGAGGUCUGUUGUUGCAGUGCAGAGAGGUCUUGCUUACUCUCAAAGGUACUGCUAGCAUCGCUGUUACUCAAGUUCCCAAAGUAGGGGACCACGAAGGGACAGAAUCAAAGGCUCCAGAUGACCACUCCAGCCAACACUGGAUUCCAUCAGAUCAUAUCGGGUUACUUCCAGAGGACACUGGGCUCUCGAGUGGUCCAUCCAGAAGCGAGGGUCUUUUUUCUAUCAUCGCUGGCUAUGAAGCUACCGUGGCGGCAUUUUUGCAAUCGACUUCAUGGGGGGAGUGUAUCUGUGGAUCUGGACGAGCCAUGUACGACGAGUCUCUUUAA